ACUUCUUCAAAGUGAAACUGAAAGUAAUUUCUUGAGCGUGAUAAAACCUGCAGCCUCUCCUUGUCCUUUCACAGCAGUAUAGAGAGAGCGGAGCACAGCAGUCGAAGCAGAGCGGCGUUCGGUUCCCAUUCCUCAGAUAUUCUUAAUACACUGCAGAGAAAAAACAGGAAGCAGCUAUGGCCAGCAAUACAGUGGCAAUGCCAGCCCCUGUGUGUCUGAUAGAGAACAGCUCCACUGGACAGCUUCAUGUGAACCAGCAGGCGCUGGAGAUCCUGUCCCAGAUUGACCAGCCGGUGGUGGUGGUCGCUAUCGUGGGCUUGUAUCGCACAGGCAAAUCCUACCUCAUGAACAAGCUGGCUGGGAAGAGAUCGGGAUUCUCCCUGGGGGCGACCAUACAGUCCCACACUAAAGGCAUCUGGAUGUGGUGUGUCCCUCACCCGUGUAAACCCGGCCACACCCUCGUGCUGCUCGAUACGGAGGGGCUGGGAGACGUGGAGAAGGGAGAGCAGAAGAAUAAUUGGAUCUUGACGCUGGCUGUGCUGCUCAGCAGCACCUUGGUUUACAACAGCAUGGGCCCCAUCACCGACAACUCAGUGCAGAAUCUGCACUGUGUGACUGAGCUGGAGGAACGCCUGAAAGUUAGAGAAGGAGACAGCAGCCUGGACAGCUCCAAAGAGUUCCUUCGUUUCUUCCCCUCUUUCGUUUGGGCGCUACGAGAUUUCACUCUGAAUGUGAGCGUUGAUGGGAGGCCCAUCACAGCCGAUGACUACCUCAAUAAUUGCUUAGGGCUGAAAACAGGUGCUUCAGAUGCUGUCCAGACCUAUAACUUGCCCCGCAGCUGCAUCCAGAACUACUUUCCCAGUCGGAAGUGCUUUGUGUUUCAGAAGCCCACCUCCACAGGGAUGAUGGCGAGGAUUGAGGAACUCACUGACAACGAUUUGGAACCAGCAUUCGUAGAACAGACCAAGAACUUCUGUUCUCAUAUCUUCAGCAACACUGAAACCAAAACUGUGAUCGAUGGUUCCACUGUCACUGGCAGAUUGCUGGGGAGACUGACAGAGAUCUAUGUGGAGACCAUUAUCAGUGGGCAGAUCCUUUGUCUGGAUAAUGUGGUUCUGGCCCUGUCUGAGAUUGAGAACUCGGCCGCAGUGCAGAGUGCCCUCACUCACUACAAGGAGCAGAUGAAGGAGAGAGUCUCCUUUCCUAGUCACACCCAGAAGGAGAUUUCUGAUGUGCAUGGCCAGUGUGAGGCUGCAGCUGUACACAUCUUUCUGGAGCGCUGCUUCAAGGAUGAGGAUCAGCGAUACCUGUUAGAGCUCAAUACGCUCCUGCAUGAGGAAUUGGAAUCAAUCCGUUCAGGAAAGAGGUUCCAGAGUCUGAAGGAUUGUGAAUCAGCGAGCCAUUCCAGAGUGCAGCACAGGAGUGACCAGCCAGCCAGCCAUUCCAGAGUGCAGCACAGGAGUGACCAGCCAGCCAGCCAUUCCAGAGUGCAGCACAGGAGUGGACAGUGGACAGAAACAGCUAUAGGUAACAAUACAGUGGCAAUGCCAGCCCCUGUGUGUCUGAUAGAGAACAGCUCCACUGGACAGCUUCAUGUGAACCAGCAGGCGCUGGAGAUCCUGACCCAGAUUGACCAGCCAGUGGUGGUGGUCGCUAUCGUGGGCUUGUAUCGCACAGGCAAAUCCUACCUCAUGAACAAGCUGGCUGGGAAGAGAUCAGGAUUCUCCCUGGGGGCGACCAUACAGUCCCACACUAAAGGCAUCUGGAUGUGGUGUGUCCCUCACCCGUGUAAACCCGGCCACACCCUCGUGCUGCUCGAUACGGAGGGGCUGGGAGACGUGGAGAAGGGAGACCAGAAGAAUGAUAACUGGAUCUUCACGCUGGCUGUGCUGCUCAGCAGCACCUUGGUGUACAACAGCAUGGGCACCAUCACCGACAACUCAGUGCAGAACCUGCACUAUGUGACUGAGCUGACAGAACAUCUGGAAGUUAAGGCAGGAGAUGGGAAUCUGGAUAUCUCUUCAGAAUUCGCUCGUUUCUUCCCCUCCUUCGUCUGGACGGUGCGAGAUUUCUCUCUGGACCUGAUUAUGGAUGGGAAGCCUAUCACAGCCGAUGAAUACCUGAAUAAUUCCUUAAAGCUAAAAAAAGGUUCAUCCAAGUCCACCCAGACCUAUAACUUGCCACGCGAGUGCAUCCGAAAUUACUUCCCCAGCAGGAAGUGCUUUGUGUUCAGGCGUCCCACCUCCGAAGACAAGAUGAGGAGAAUUGAAGAGCUCUCUGACAGCGACCUGGAACCAGUAUUUGUAGAACAGACCAAGAACUUCUGUGCCCACAUCUUCAACAAUACUGAAACCAAAACAAUGAAAGGAGGAUUCACAGUCACUGGCAGAUUGCUGGGGAGACUGGUAGAGACGUAUUUGGACACCAUUGCCAGUGGGAAGGUCCCUAGUCUGGAUAAUGCUGUUCUGGCCCUGUCUCAGAUUGAGAACUCGGCCGCAGUGCACAGUGCCCUCACUCACUACAAGGAGCAGAUGAAGGAGAGAGUCUCCUUUCCUAGUCACACCCAGAAGGAGCUUUCUGAUGUGCAUGGCCAGUGUGAGGCUGCAGCUGUACACAUCUUUCUGGAGCGCUGCUUCAAGGAUGAGAAUCAGAGAUACCAGCUGGAGCUCAUGAAAUGUUUGCAGGAGGAGUAUGAAUCAAUCUGUCGUAAGAAUGAGAAGGAAUCAGAGAAGUCUUGCAAGGCACUCAUUGCAAGUCUCUUCAGGAAUGUAGAGGACAGACUGAGCUCAGGUUUCUACAUGGACAUAGGAGGGUACAAGCAGUACAAGAGUGACCAGGAACACUUCAUCAGGCAAUACAAAGACACACCUGGCAAAGGGAUUCAGGCUGAUGCCGUUCUGAAGGAAUUUCUGAAUGGAAAAGAGACAAUGGGUAACAUGAUUCUUGCUGCUGAUGAGUCUCUCAGCGAGCAACAAAAACGUAUAGAAGAGGACCAAGCUAGGCGUGAUGCUAUGGAGCGGGACAGACGGGCAAUACAGGAAAAUCAAAAGGUUCUGCAGCAGCUGCUGGACGACCAGGAGAGAUCCUACAAGCAGAACAUGGAGCAGCUUCUGAAAAAGUUGAAGGAAGACCAAAAGACUGCCGCAGAGGAGUAUGAUAGAGUGCUGCAGGCUAAACUCAGGGAACAGAAGGAUCUUCUAGAGAGCGGUUUUGAGGAGAAGGCAAAGAAACUUGAGAAUGACGUGAGAAGCCUGAGUCAGAAGAAGGAGGAGACACAAUCCCAGUCCACUUUAAGCAAAGUCAUGGAAACAGUUGGCAACGCGGCGUCCUUGUUUUUACCAGGAAUAGCUGGAAGAGCACUCGGAGUUGCCACUUCCUUCCUUUCACGCUUCUUUUGAUGAAAUGGGCUUGAUCUCCUUCAUAUAUAUGUUUAUGUUCCUGUGUGAUUGUUACUUAUUCAACAUACUCACAGUAUUUCACAUUCUAAGCGCUAAGAAAUAGUUUGAAGAAAUGAUUACGGUAUUAUUUACAUGUUUUAGGUAGACUGCUUGCUAGUCUGACUACUCUUAACUGAAUAUGUGACUGUAUCUUGUAGAUUUUGUAUAAUGAUGUGGAUUUUACAAUACAGGUCCAUCGUUUUCUGCAGCUUUCCUGACACAAGCCGAGCACACAUUUCACUGUGCAGCACCAAACAGCCAACGUGGUGGCCUUAGAUGUAAAAUAAAUUCCAUUAUCUAUUCAAAUUCUAUUAUUCCAACAACUUUUGUCUAUUUUCUUACAACAGAACCUUGUAUAAGUACAAAACUAACAUUCUCUGGUCAGACUCCUCAUGGAACUUUCUUCCCAGAGCUUCAUGGAGAUAGGGGGAACGAUCAGGGAAUAUCCUGGAAAAAAACUAAACCGAAUGAUCCAUGUACAGUAUGCAUGUUUCUACCAGUCAGGUGACACACAGAACAUGAACAGUGGGUCUU